AACAACGUUGUAUAUUUGUGUUAUAUAUAUUAUCCCAAUAUCCCAUUGUAUCUAGUCUGAGAAAGAGGGAAGAUAGAGAUAGCAGCAGCUUAAGCAAAUAGCAAUGGCAACUUUCAUCAACACUCCCUUGACUUCACUCUGUUCCAAUACCAACAAGUCUGAAGCUAAUCUCUUCAGAAUUUGCCCUAUAAGGGCUCAGACUUUGGGGAUUUCCAAGUUUAACCCCAACAGAAAGGUUACUUUCCCUUCUAUUGUUUGCAAAGCGGUGUCUGUGCAACCAAAAUCAGCCACUGAAGUUGAAGGACUUAACAUCGCUGAAGAUGUUACUCAGCUUAUUGGGAACACACCAAUGGUUUACCUUAAUACAAUCGUUAAAGGUUGUGUUGCAAACAUUGCUGCUAAACUUGAGAUUAUGGAGCCAUGCUGCAGUGUCAAGGACAGGAUAGGGUUCAGUAUGAUAUCUGAUGCUGAGGAAAAGGGACUUAUAUCUCCGGGGAAGACUGUUCUAGUGGAGCCUACGAGUGGAAACACAGGCAUUGGGCUUGCCUUCAUUGCUGCUUCCAGAGGAUACAAGCUCAUCUUAACGAUGCCUGCUUCAAUGAGUCUUGAAAGAAGGGUUCUUUUGAAAGCUUUUGGAGCUGAACUUGUUUUAACUGACCCAGCCAAAGGGAUGAAAGGAGCUGUUUCAAAGGCUGAAGAAAUAUUGAAUAACACACCAGAUGCCUAUAUCCUUCAACAAUUUGACAAUCCCGCAAAUCCCAAGAUACACUAUGAAACAACGGGCCCAGAGAUCUGGGAAGAUACAAAAGGCAAGAUAGACAUACUAGUUGCAGGCAUUGGAACUGGCGGAACCAUUUCAGGAGCAGGGCGAUUCCUUAAAGAGCAAAAUCCAAACAUUAAGAUUAUUGGCGUGGAGCCCACAGAAAGUAAUGUACUAUCAGGGGGAAAGCCUGGCCCUCACAAAAUUCAAGGGAUUGGAGCAGGUUUUAUUCCAGGGAACUUAGAUCAAGAUGUCAUGGAUGAAGUGAUAGAGAUAUCGAGUGACGAAGCUGUUGAAACUGCGAAGCAAUUAGCGCUACAAGAAGGGUUAUUGGUUGGAAUUUCUUCCGGAGCUGCUGCUCUUGCUGCCAUUCAGGUUGGGAAGAGACCUGAGAAUGAAGGAAAGCUUAUUGCGGUUGUAUUUCCAAGCUUUGGGGAACGAUACCUCUCCACUAUACUUUUCCAGUCUAUACGGGAGGAAUGCGAGAAAAUGCAACCAGAAUCGUGAAUAUCUUCCUUUUUUGCGCUAUGUUCUGAUUCCAAAUAAUGCUAUCUGGUGCUCAUUCAGAUUAUCCAUCUCCCAUUUUCCCCCGCCUUUUCUAGCUGCCACACUUUUGUGAUUUAGCUGGCUGCUGGUGUAUACAGUAGAUCAGGUACUAAAGUGGUUCUCAUAACAAGCUUAAACAAUCUCAUUGGUUUGGUUUGAGGAUUUUUUAUUUGAGCUGCUCAAGAAAUUUUAGUGAAAUUUCAGUGUUGUAUGCCGUCUUUCAAUUGCAUUUUUCGUUUUUCCUUUGUUUUCUAUUUGUGAGAUGAAGGUGCACUUUUGCACG